AUGGGUUUGAAAAGUGUGUCUUCAAAGUGCCAUUCGCUCAGCUUCUAUGAAGUCAUUUUUGCAUCUCUCUUUACCAUAUUGGUGGUGCUGUGUGCUGGAUUAAUUGUGGUGUCCUGGCUGGCGAUCGAGGGAUCUGAAAGAGAUGCAGUAUUUGGAAAUAGUCAUGAAGCUAGAGGAACAUUUAAAAUAAUAUCUGGAGCUACAUAUAAUCCUAAUUUGCAAGACAAACUCUCAGUGGAUUUCAAAGUUCUUGCAUAUGACCUUCAGCAAAUGGUAGAUGAAAUCUUUCAGUCAAGUAAUCUGAAGAAUGAAUACAGAAACUCUAGAAUUUUAAGAUUUGAAAAUGGCAGUGUUAUAGUCAUAUUUGACCUAUUAUUUGCUCAAUGGGUGUCAUAUGAAAAUGUUAAAGAAGAACUCAUACAAGGCAUUGAAGCAAAUAAAUCCAGCCAACCGGUCACUUUCCAUAUUGAUUUGAACAGCAUCAAUAUCACAGAAAAGCUAACAGCCAGUAGUCUUCUGACAACACCAGAAAAUAUCUCAAUAGACUGCCUUCCCAAUUCAAGGCCUUGUGCCAAUGCUCAAAACUGCAUACCGAUUGCUUUAUUUUGUGAUGGAGAAUUAAAUUGCCCAGAUGGCUCAGAUGAAGACAAUAAAACUUGUGCCACGCCUUGUGAUGGAAGAUUUUUGUUAACUGGCUCUUCUGGGUCCUUCCAGGCUGCCCAUUACCCAAAGCUUUCUAAAGACAGUGUUGUUUGCAAGUGGAUAAUACGUGUAAACCUGGGACUUUCCAUUAAACUGAGCUUUGGUUCUUUUAAUACAUAUUACACAGAUGUAUUAAAUAUUUAUGAAGGAAUAGGACCAAACAAGAUUUUAAGAGCUUCUCUCUGCGAAACCAAUCCUGGAACUAUUAGGAUUUUUUCCAACAUUGUUACUGUCACUUUUGUUAUAGAAUCACAAGAAAGUGAAUACAUUGGUUUUAAUGCAACAUACACUGCAUUUAACAGCAGAGAGAUUAAUAAUUAUGAGAAAAUUAAUUGCAAUUUUGAGGAUGGUUUUUGUUUCUGGAUUCAGGAUCUAAAUGAUGAUAAUGAAUGGGAAAGGAUUCGAGGGAACACCUUUCCUCCUUUUACUGGACCAAAUUUUGACCACACUUUGGGAAAUAUUUCAGUUAUCAGGAGUGAACAGUUCCUGGAGAAGAAGAGCAUGCUUGAUAGAAUGUCAGUCAAAAGUGUAAAACCCUCAAAAAACUGGAUUGACACAGUGGUUACAACAACCGGCUCAAGCAAGGCACGAUUGUAUUAUAUGUAUGGUGAAAAUGUCUAUAAAUUAAGUAUUAAUAUCAGCACUGACCAAAACGAGAAGACAGUUUUCCAAAAAGAAGGAAAUUAUGGAGAAAAUUGGAAUUAUGGACAAGUUACAUUAAAUGAAACAGUGGAAUUUAAGGUUGCUUUUGAUGCUUAUAAAAGCAAAUUCCUGAGUGAUAUCGCAUUGGAUGACAUUAGUCUAACAUAUGGUAUUUGCAAUGUGAGUCUUUACCCAGAACCAACUUUAGUCCCAACUGCUCCACCAGAACGUCCCACGGACUGUGGAGGACCUUUUGAACUGUGGGAGCCAAAUACAACACUAAGUUCUAUGAAUUUUCCAAGUAACUACCCAAAUCAAGCUUUCUGCAUUUGGAAUUUGAAUGCACAAAUUGGAAAGAAUAUACAACUUCAUUUUCAAGAAUUUGACUUAGAAAAUAUUGAAGAUGUGGUUGAAAUCAGAGAUGGUAGAGAAAAUGAUUCUUUGCUCUUAGCUGUAUAUACAGGACCUGGUCCAGUAAAGGAUGUGUAUUCUACUACCAACAGAAUGACUGUAUUUUUCAUCACUGAUAAGCAGGUGACUAGAGGGGGCUUUAAAGCAAACUUCACUACUGGCUAUCAUUUGGGGAUUCCAGAUCCUUGCAAGGAAGACAAUUUUCAAUGUGAAACUGGAGAGUGUAUUCCACUGUUGAAUCUCUGUGACAGUCAUCCACACUGUAAGGAUGGCUCAGAUGAAGCACACUGUGUGCGUCUUUUCAAUGGCACAGCAAACAAUAAAGGUUUGGUACAGUUCAGAAUUCAGAAUGUGUGGUAUAAAGCUUGUGCUGAGAACUGGACCACCCAAAUUUCAAAUGAUGUUUGUCAACUUCUGGGGCUAGGGAGUGAGAACUCCUCCAUGUCAAUCGUAUCUACUACAGGUGGACCAUUUGUAACACUGAACAGAGCACCUAAUGGAAGCUUAAUACUAACACCUAGUAUAUAUUGUUCACAGGAUUCAUUGAUUCAAUUGCAGUGUAACCAUAAAACCUGUGGAAUAAAACUGGUGCCUUACGAAGUCAGCCCAAAGAUUGUUGGAGGAAAUAAUGCCAAAGAAGGGGCCUGGCCCUGGAUCAUCGCUCUGUAUUAUAAUGGCCGAUUGACGUGUGGUGCUACUCUUGUCAGCAACAACUGGCUGGUUUCUGCUGCACACUGCGUAUAUGGGAGAAAUUUAGAGCCCUCUAAGUGGAAGGCAGUACUAGGCCUGCACAUGACAUCAAACCUGACUUCUCCUCAUAUAGUAACUCGGCUGAUAGAUCAAAUUGUCAUAAAUCCACACUACAAUAAAAGAAGAAAAGACAAUGACAUUGUCAUGAUGCACCUCGAAUUUAAAGUGAAUUACACAGAUUAUAUUCAACCUAUAUGUUUACCUGAAAAAAACCAAGUUUUUCCUCCAGGAAGGAAAUGUUAUAUUGCUGGCUGGGGGAGACUUGUACAUCAAGGUCCUACUGCAAAUAUAUUGCAAGAAGCUGAGGUUCCUCUUAUAUCAAAUGACAGAUGCCAACAACAAAUGGUAGAAUAUAACAUUACAGGAAAUAUGGUAUGUGCAGGUUAUGAAGAAGGUGGAAUUGAUUCUUGUCAGGGCGAUUCAGGAGGACCAUUAAUGUGCCAAGAAAACAACAGGUGGUUCCUUGCUGGAGUGACAUCAUUUGGAUAUGAGUGUGCACGGCCUAAUCGUCCAGGGGUGUAUGCCCGGGUCUCAAAGUUCACAGAUUGGAUACAAAGUUUUCUACAUUAG